GCUUGCAUUUCAUCUAUCUUAUCUUAAUUGCGGUCUUUCACGGUAAUAGGGCAUCGAUGGAUGUUGGAUGCAGCGGAGUUGUUGUUCUCAUGAUACUGGCUAUUGCACCAGUUGCAAAAGCAGCAGCAGCAAAGGAGUCUGCUGUGAAUUUAUUGGAAGCUGAAGCACUGCGCAAGAGUGGCUGGUGGGGAGACAGCAGUACUACUGCAACAAACAUCUCUGCCCACUGCCACUGGUCUGGUAUCAUUUGCAACGAUGCUGGUAGUGUUACCGAAAUACUACUUCCGAACUGCAGAAUUCAAGAUCACUUGACAAAUUUGAGCUUCUCUUCUUUUCCGAACCUGGUUAGACUGGAUCUCAGUGGAAAUGGUCUAUACGGAGCCAUCCCACAUCAAAUAGGUGCACUCUCCAAACUCACCUAUCUCAAUUUGUCUUCCAACAGACUUCAAGGUGAGCUUCCAUCUUCUCUGGUAAACCUUACGCAACUAGCACAUCUCGAUGUUUCUUCGAACCGGAUUGGAAGCUUAAUUCCUCCAGGUAUCGGAAACCUGACAAAUUUGGUUACUCUAGACUUGAGCCAGAAUUCUUUUGGGGGUCCCAUCCCUCCAACUCUUGGACAAUUGUCCAAUUUAGGCUCCCUUUAUCUCGAUAAUAACAACUUUAGUGGGACAAUUCCUUCAGGUCUUUUUAAUUUGACAAGUCUUUCCCGACUAUACAUUUACUGGAAUCCUGCAAUGGGAGGAUUUCUCUCAGAAGAAAUAGGAAAUUUGAAGAGUUUAGUUGCAUUAGACUUGAGUUACAAUGGAUUUUCUGGUAGCAUCCCUCCAACUCUUGGACAAUUGUCUAACCUUGACUUUCUUGAUCUCAGCAAUAACCACUUUAGCGGGACAAUUCCUUCAGCUCUUUUUAAUUUGACAAAUCUUUCCACACUAUACAUUCACUCGAAUCCCUUAAUGGGAGGAUUUCUCCCAAAAGAAAUAGGAAAUUUGAAGAGUUUAGUUGCAUUAGACUUGACUUACAGUGGAUUUUCUGGUAGUAUCCCUCCCACUCUUGGCCAAUUGUCUAAUCUAGAAUUCCUGGGCCUCAGCAAUAACUACUUCAAUGGGACAAUUCCUUCGGCUCUUUUUAAUUUGACAAAUCUUUUCCAGCAAAUUUUCGAAUAUCUCCAUCUUGGGUCCAACCGGUUGACUGGUCAAAUCCCUCCGACCCUUGGCAAUCUGACUGCUCUAGUUAAUUUGGACCUCUCUUCUAACCAAAUAAGUGGUUCCAUUCCCUCUGAAAUAGGAAAUUUGAAAAGUUUGGAACAGCUUCUCCUUGGGUCCAACCGGCUGACUGGUCAAAUCCCUCCGACCCUUGACAAUCUGACUGCUCUAGUUAAUUUGGACCUCUCUUCUAACCAAAUAAGUGGUUCCAUUCCCUUUGAAAUAGGAAAUUUGAAAAUUUGGGAACAGCUUCUCCUUGGGUCCAACCGGCUGACUGGUCAAAUCCCUCCGACCCUUGGCAAUCUGACUGCUCUAGUUAAUUUGAACCUCCCUUCUAACCACAUAAGUGGUUCCAUUCCCUCUGAAAUAGGAAAUUUGAGAUAUUUGGAAUAUCUCGAUCUUGGGUCCAACCGGCUGACUGGUCAAAUCCCUCCGACCCUUGGCAAUCUGACUGCUCUAGCUAUUUUAGACCUCUCUUCUAACCAAAUAAGUGGUUCCUUGCCUCUUGGACUUUCUGAUAUAACUUCUCUACAAAUUCUAGAUCUUUCCUCAAACCAAAUUAGAGGCCCAAUUCCUAUCCAAUUUGUGGAUGACAUGCUUAAAUCCUAUAGGCCCAUUUUCACUUUGAAUCUUUCCCACAAUAUUCUCUCUGGCACCGUCCCCUCGUCUCUUAUGCAACUGUCGGACGUCGACCUGUCCUAUAAUGCUUUGGAAGGUGAACUUCCGUGUGACCUUGGCUUUCAGUUUGGUUCAGAAAGAUUUGUCGGCAAUCGAGACUUGCGUUACAAUUCCACACUUUGUGGUGCAUCUCCUUCUGUUAUGGGAAAUCAUAGACAUCACACCCUCUACUACAUCAUAGUUCUUGGCGUACCCUUGUUGGUGUUCGCAAUAACUGGCGGAUUAGUAAUUUAUAUCUGUUGCUUCAAGAAAGUGGAAGUCGAGCUGAUAGACAAUAAACAUGGAGACAUUUUCAGAAUAUGGAACUAUGAUGGACAUAUGGCUUACGAAGACAUAAUUAAAGCAACCAAUGAUUUUGAUGUCAGUUAUUGCAUCGGGACAGGGGGGUAUGGCAGCGUGUACAGAGCUCGGUUGCCAAGUGGGAAAGUAGUGGCUUUGAAAAAGCUUCACCGUUUGGAAGGUGAGAAUCCAAAUUUUGACAAGAGCUUUAGGAAUGAAGCCGACAUGCUUUCUAAAAUCAGGCACAGGAACAUUGUAAAGCUCUUUGGAUUCUGUCUGCACAAGCGAUGCAUGUUUCUGAUUUAUGAGUAUAUGGACAGAGGAAGCUUGUUUUGUAUCUUGAGAGAUGAAACUGAAGCUGUGGAGCUGGAUUGGGUUAAAAGAGUGAAUUUGAUCAAGGGCAUUGCCAGUGCACUGUCCUACUUGCAUCACGAUUGUGAUCCGCCAAUCAUUCACAGGGAUGUAUCAAGCAACAACAUUCUUUUGAAUUCACAGCUCGAAGCAACUCUUUCUGACUUUGGAACUGCGAGGAUUUUGGAACUUGAUUCAUCAAAUCAAACGGUCAUUGCGGGCACCUUUGGUUACAUGGCACCGGAGCUAGCCUAUACCAUGGUGGUCACUGAAAAGUCCGAUGUGUAUAGCUUUGGCGUUGUGGUGCUGGAAACGCUGUUUGGAAAGCAUCCACAAGAUUUCCUUUCCUCCUUUUCAUCACAACCCAAUGAACCAAUACUGCUGAAGGAUCUUCUUGAUGCCCGUCUGCCCCCUCCGACUAACCCUUUCGUGGUUCGAAAUGUGGUUCUCGCAACAGCGUUAGCCCUGGAUUGCGUCAACGCAAACCCGAAAUGUCGACCAACAAUGCAGCAAGUGGUGAACCGAUUUGAAGAGGACAGGCGAGAACCAACUAGGCCUUUGCACACCAUUGCUGUGAAUCAGCUUGUUAGUCCUCCAGUACUUUCAUUGCCUGACCAAACCUACACAGUAGUUUAAGCACCAUGAAUGGCUUUCGUGUGCCAUCAUCCAAUUUUUCUAUCUAUGUUUCUGCCUAAACAGAAUAAGAUCAGGUCAAUCCAAAGUUGUAUUUAAAAAAAUAAUAAAUUUGCAUAAAUUCUAGCAUGCAUAA